UGACAACAGCGGCGCGCAGCUUUAUGAGCGAAGUGCGGGCUAAAGCAGGUGUCGGGUUGCAGAGCGCUGGCCGGGGCUCCGGGAUUGCGUGGAACCUGGAAGCGUCUAAAAGAGUCGGGCUACUGUUACUCCGCCUCUCUCUCUCCGACAGCUUCCGAACCCGGAAACUCGCAGGGUGAAAAUGGUCCAUCAUUCAGGCUCGAUUCAGUCCUUUAAACAGCAAAAAGGUAUGAAUAUAAGUAAGAGUGAGAUAGCAAAGGAAACUUCAUUAAAACCUUCUCGGAGAUCCUUACCUUGCCUUGCCCAGAGUUAUGCUUACUCAAAGAGCUUGAGCCAGUCCACCUCGCUCUUUCAGUCAACAGAAAGUGAAUCUCAGGUUCCCACUUCUGUUACUUCAAUUUCUGCUGACAAAGCAGAACAAGUUCAUGCUGAGGAGAAUAAAAAGGAUUCUGAACUCAAGUGUUCUUUUGCUAGCCUCAGUGAUUUUUGCUUGGCCCUAGGGAAAGAUAAGGAUUACAUGGAUGAAUCAGAACAUGCUAAUUAUGACCGAUCUCGACUCAUUAAAGACUUUGUUCCUAAAGAUAAUUCAGAAUCCAAGACAAGAUUGUCAAAGAAUGACAUGAAUUACAUUGCAUCCAGUGGACUUCUAUUCAAAGAUGGAAAAAAAAGGAUUGACUACAUACUGGUUUAUAGGAAGUCAAAUAUACAAUAUGACAAACGAAACACAUUUGAAAAGAACCUCAGAGCAGAAGGCUUGAUGUUGGAAAAGGAGCCUGCUGUUGCUAACCCUGAUAUCAUGUUUAUUAAAAUCCAUAUUCCAUGGGACACAUUAUGCAAGUACGCAGAGAGGCUGAACAUAAGAAUGCCAUUCAGGAAAAAAAGCUAUUACACUGACCGGAGGAUUAAAUCAAUUGGCAGGGUGCAAAGCUAUUUUAGAAGAAUAAAAAAAUGGAUAUCCCAAAACCCAAUGGUUCUUGACAAGUCUGCAUUUCCAGACCUAGAGGAGUCAGACUGCUACACUGGCCCCUUCAGUCGUGCCCGGAUUCACCACUUCAUAAUAAACAAUAAGGACACCUUCUUCAGCAAUGCCACCCGAAGCAGGAUCGUCCACCACAUGCUGCAGCGCACCAAAUAUGAAAAUGGGAUAUCAAAAGUGGGAAUAUGUAAACUUAUAAACAAUGGGUCAUAUAUAGCAGCUUUUCCUCCACAUGAGGGAGCCUACAAGAGCAACCAGCCUAUCAAAACUCAUGGACCUCAGAAUAAUAGACAUCUAUUAUAUGAGCGCUGGGCUCGCUGGGGAAUGUGGUAUAAGCAUCAACCCCUGGAUUUAAUCAGGCUGUACUUUGGUGAGAAGAUUGGGCUCUAUUUUGCCUGGCUAGGAUGGUACACUGGAAUGCUGAUUCCUGCAGCAAUUGUUGGCUUGUGUGUAUUCUUCUACGGAAUACUGACAAUGAAUACAAGCCAAGUAAGCCAAGAAAUCUGCAAGGCUACUGAAGUCUUCAUGUGUCCUCUCUGUGAGAAGAACUGCUCACUGCAGAGACUCAAUGACAGCUGUAUCUACGCCAAGGUGACAUAUCUAUUUGAUAAUGGAGGGACAGUCUUCUUUGCUAUUUUUAUGGCCAUAUGGGCUACAGUCUUCCUGGAGUUUUGGAAGAGGAGAAGAAGUACACUGACUUAUAAUUGGGACCUUAUUGAAUGGGAAGAAGAGGAGGAAACACUUCGCCCAGAGUUUGAAGCAAAAUAUUAUAAGAUGGAGAGAAUAAAUCCUAUCAGUGGAAAACCUGAGCCACAUCAGCCUUCUUCAGAUAAAAUCACUCGUCUACUUGUUUCUAUCUCAGGAAUAUUCUUCAUGAUUUCUUUAGUGAUCACUGCUGUGUUUGCAGUAGUGGUAUAUCGCUUGGUUGUCAUGGAGCAGUUUGCAUCCUUCAAGUGGAAUUUCAUCAAACAACACUGGCAGUUUGCAACAUCUGCUGCAGCUGUUUGUAUCAAUUUUGUGAUCAUUAUGGCACUGAAUCUUGCAUAUGAAAAAAUUGCUUACUUUCUCACUAAUUUAGAAUAUCCUCGAACUGAAUCUGAAUGGGAAAAUAGCUUUGCCCUGAAGAUGUUUCUUUUCCAGUUUGUCAACUUAAAUAGUUCUAUCUUCUAUAUUGCUUUCUUUCUGGGAAGAUUUGUAGGCCAUCCAGGAAAAUACAAUAAACUUUUUAACCGCUGGAGACUGGAGGAAUGUCAUCCUAGCGGCUGUUUGAUAGACCUUUGCCUCCAGAUGGGAGUCAUCAUGUUUUUGAAGCAAAUUUGGAACAACUUCAUGGAACUGGGAUACCCGUUGAUCCAGAAUUGGUGGUCACGACAUAAAAUCAAGCGGGGAGUACAAGAUGCCUCUAUACCUCAGUGGGAAAAUGAUUGGAAUCUGCAGCCCAUGAAUAUUCACGGACUGAUGGAUGAAUACUUAGAAAUGGUUUUGCAGUUUGGUUUUACCACCAUCUUUGUUGCGGCUUUUCCUUUGGCGCCCCUUUUGGCUUUGCUAAACAAUAUCAUUGAAAUCAGACUGGAUGCUUACAAGUUUGUCACUCAGUGGAGGAGACCUCUGCCAGCUCGAGCAACUGACAUAGGUAUCUGGUAUGGAAUUCUUGAAGGAAUUGGUAUAUUGGCUGUGAUCACCAACGCAUUUGUAAUUGCUAUAACAUCUGAUUACAUCCCACGUUUUGUAUAUGAAUACAAAUAUGGCCCCUGUGCAAGCUCUGGAUACAAUGAAAAUUGCUUAAAGGGCUAUGUCAACAAUAGCCUAUCGUUCUUCGACCUGAGUGAUCUUGGUUUGGGAAAAUCUGGUUAUUGCAGGUACAGAGACUACAGAGGUCCCCCUUGGAGUUCCAAACCCUAUGAGUUCACUUUACAAUACUGGCAUAUUCUUGCUGCAAGAUUGGCCUUCAUCAUUGUGUUUGAGCACCUUGUCUUUGGGAUAAAAUCCUUCAUCGCAUACCUGAUUCCAGAUGUACCAAAGAACUUAUACGAUCGAAUACGACGGGAGAAAUAUUUAGUGCAAGAAAUGAUGUAUGAAGCAGAGCUAGAACAUUUGCAACAACAACGGAGAAAAAGCGGCCAUCCAGUUCAUCAUGAAUGGCCUUAG